AUGGUGGUCACCAAACCUCCGUCGAUGAGGUCAAGUUUAUUCUCUCCACUACUAGGGUUUCAGCUCGCCACCAUUACAAACCCCAACAUGUUACAGAGUCGUUUGGGUGGGAGAAUGGCAGAUCGUCAGUGUCGUCGAAGGACCAAGACGAAGCCAACAGUGGAAUCAAUUAGGACAUUACCAUAUUUCAAGAACAGAGCAACCUGCAUGGCCAAUAAUGGAGGUCGCCAGCUGAUAAGGGACAUGGACACUCAUCUUCCACUAGAAUUACCGGAGUAA